AUGCAGCCAAGUUUCUGGUCGGUCUUCCGCCAGUCCCAUCGGAUUCUGGAGCAAGUCGAAGGGUUUAACGACGGGCUAGUUAGCGUUGCUAGUAGUCGGUGGGGAGGAGAGGCAGGGUACAAGGGGACCCUCCUUGACGUGAGCCACUUGGAUUUGAUCAAUUGGAGCAAUCGGUUGAAGUGGCUGGCUGGGGAGAUUACGGGCAAUCGGCGAAGGUUCAACGCCAUUGCACUCUACCUGGAUAUUGCAGAUAUGCUGGCGAAGGAGGGUCUUUGA